UCCUGAGUCCUCUCAAGUCCCUCACCUCUCCUCGGGGUCUGCAGGGACCCCAGGAGCAGCACAAGGCUGGGUCAAACCCAGGGAAGGGGUGACCAGUGACAGUCCUAGGUGGGCCAUGAGGGUGCCUUGGCCUCUCCCAAGGCAAAGCCCAGCCAGCGCUGCUGAGACCCCUGGCAGGGCAAUCCUCCCCUCUGAUGUGAGCUUCCACCUCACUGUGGUAAAACCUACCAGUAACCUGCCACUCUGUUAGCUUGCAGGGCAGUGGAUACUGCAAUUAUCACUCUCACCUCUUACAGACCUUGUAGAGAGCUUGUAAUGGGAAUGUUAAGGCUGGGGAGAGCAAAGAGAAAACAGAAACAGGGGUGUGACAGCCCAGAGUAGCAGAGGGACAAGGGUUAAAUAGAGUGAUUUGUCCUCUAUUCAAAUGAGGAGGAGGAGGAACUAACUGGCUGAAGAUGAGGGCAAUGCCAAACUGGGCCGUGAAUAUAUAUACCUGCAAGACAAACAGGAGAACAGAUACCCAAGAGUUUCACCUAUGGCUGAUGAGCCCUCAGAGAAAAUAAUGGGGGUAAGAUUUUCCAGAAGUAUCCACUUGCAGAGGACAUAAGAGGAGCCUUCCCCCCAAUGCUUGCCAGGAAGAAGUCCUUCACCGGUGCCAUCAUCGGGGCACUGGUGGCACUCUCCAUCAUCGCCCUGCUUCUCAGCCUGGUGAGGGUUGAAGAUGUGAUGCUGCCGCCCACGGUCAAGUAUGGGAUGGUGUUUGAUGCAGGCUCAUCCCACACCUCUCUGUUUGUGUACGAGUGGGAUUCCAACAAGGAGAACGACACUGGAGUGGUCAGCCAGACCUUGUCCUGUGAUGUCCAGGGGCAAGGCAUAUCAAGCUAUGCCAACAAUCCUCCUGAAGCUGGCAAUUCCCUAAGGGAGUGCUUGGAUAAAGCCCUGCAGGUUAUUCCUGCUGAGAAGCAGAGGGAUGUCCCAGCUUAUCUUGGAGCAACAGCUGGCAUGAGGCUACUGAGGGAACAGAACAGCUCAGCAACAGAGCAAGUCCUGGCUGAGGUUGCUAAAACCAUGCAGGAGUACCCUGUGGCUUUCAAAGGGGCUCGGAUCCUUACAGGAGAGGAAGAGGGGGCCUAUGGCUGGAUCACCAUCAACUACCUGCUGGACUCCUUCACCAAGUACUCUCCCAAAGCACACACGUGGCUUCGUCCGGAGGCAGCCAACAUUUUUGGGGCACUGGAUCUUGGAGGAGCAUCCACUCAAAUCGCCUUUAUGCCCGAAGGUCCAGUACUGAGCCAGAAUGAAGGCUCUGAGUUCACCCUGUACGGGUACAGCUACAACAUCUACGCCCACAGCUACCUCUGCUACGGGCAGGACGAGAUGCUGAAGCGGCUGGCGAAGGAAUUAAUUGUGGAGUCGUCCCCCAGCACACGAGUCUACCACCCCUGCUACCCAAAGGGCUACAAGGAGACCAUGUUGCUGUCUUCCUUCCGCACCAGCCCCUGCACGGACGGCCGCGACCUGCGCCUGCCCCUGGGCGACAGCACCGUCACCCUGGAGGGCAGGGGCAACGCCAGCAGCUGCUUGGCAGCCCUCAGGAGGCUCUUCAACUUCUCGGCGUGUGGCCAGAGCCAGGACUGUGCCUUUGAUGGCAUCUACCAGCCCCCGCUCCGUGGGCAGUUCAUUGCCUUCUCUGCAUUCUACUAUAACCUCAAGUUCCUGAACCUGACGGAGGGGCAGCCGCUGGCCACUGUCAGAGAGGCCAUCGAGGGCCUCUGCGCAAGGAGCUGGGAGGAUCUGUAUUCCAGCUACCCCAAAGAGAAUCCCGAGCGACUGCCGAAAUACUGUGCCAUCGCCAACUACAUCCUCGCACUCCUCCUUGACGCCUACAAGUUCAACGAGACCAGUUGGAACAAUAUCUUCUUCCAGAUGAAGGCAGGAGGUGCCGACGUGGGCUGGACGCUGGGGUACAUGCUGAACCUCACCAACAUGGUCCCGGCCGAGGCUCCAGCCAGGCUGAAGGGCCACAGGUCUUCCCUGUGGGCUGCAGCCAUCACCUUCAUCAUCCUCACCCUCGUCUUGGGGCUCGCUGCCCUACUCCUGCAGCUGUGGGUGUAGGAUCCUGGCUGUGUUUGGGAGCCCAGCAGGGACAGACUGGGGCUGCAGGGCUGUGCUGGAGUCCCCAUGUUCCUGCCUGCAUAACUGGAGCCCAGGACUGGGUCUGUGCUGCUGAGCAUAGUCACCUCCACAGCUCCAGAGAACUUGGGUCUGCUUUUUCAUGGGCCUGGCCCCCAACAUGCAGACAGGCACCCUCUGAGGUUUCCAGAGGAGCUCCACUCCCAUGGAGACACAAUGGGAUCAACCUGCAGAAGCCUCAGCCAAGCCUGUGUGCCUCC